AUGGAGGUCCGCUACAAACUAUUCAUGGGCACACUCAAAAAGGCAGUACUUGAUUGGUUUAGUAGUCUCCCUGACCGAUCAAUCACCGACUUCGACGUCUUCGGUCGGCUCUUCAUGGCGCAAUUCGCUGCCAACAAGAAGAAACCACCGAUUACGGCGGACUUGUUCGACUUCAAGCAGCAAUGCGGGGAGUCAUUAAAGGAUUUUCUACAAAGGUUCAACGAGGUCGCCUUGAGAAUAGGGUCGUUGGACGAGAGGAUGGCAGUCAUAGCAUUCCAGAAGGGCUUAAGGUCCGGAGCUUUUGACAUCGCGCUCGAGAAAGCUAACUGUCAAACGAUGUCGGAGGUGAGGGCCUUCGCCUUGAGUCACAUCAAGACGGAGGAAAACCAAAUUGUUAAAAGAGCAGCGGAAAGCCGAGAGGCAGGGGGCAGGAAUAAGGAAGGCAACAAGUACCUGUGGGUACGCUCAGACUGGAGCAAGCGACGUGAUCACUACGGUCCCAAGGAGGGAAAUCGUAGGCAGGCGGAUCAUGGCGGUCGGGCGAAGGGCGAUUGGGUACGAAGCAACGAGCAAGAAAAAUUCACCCCACUCAACGUCCCCAGGAGGCACAUACUCCAUGACAUCAACAGCGCUUCACUCUUCGAGUUUUCGGCGGUGACCGACCACCAGCAGAUUGAGCGUCUCAUCAAGGAAGGUCGCCUGAAGAAGUUCAUCGCAGGUAAGCAUGAUGAAAGCUCAUCGGACAGACGACGCAGACAUGAAGGGGAAGAUGCGAGGGGAGGAAGACGCAAAGGGAGAUCUCCUCCGGGAGACAUCCCGGAGAAGAGUUCAGAGACCCACCAACAGGUUGUUCAUGGAGACUUUAACACCAUAGCGGGGGGAUUCGCCGAAGGAGGUCCGACAUCGUCGGCACGGAAGAGAUAUUCUCGUUCCGUAUUGUCGGUCUCGGAUUGGGAAAAACCUUCCCAGUCUGCCAUCACGUUCUCGGACGCCGACUUCGAGGGGGUGUCUCCCCAUGAGGACGACCCCAUAGUCGUCUCGGCAAUCGUCAUGGGCUACAAUGUGAAGCGAGUGUUGGUGGAUCAAGGCAGCUCGGCUGACAUCAUGUUCUGGGAAGCUUUUAUCGGGAUGAAAAUUCUGACUGACCGUCUUAUGCCCUAUGCAGGUACGUUAGUUGGUUUUGCAGGUGAUCAGGUAACGGCCAGGGGGUACACCGACUUGGAGACUACUUUCGGUCGGGGAGACCACAUGAAGACUAUCACUGUCCGAUACCUGGUGGUGAAUGCCCAAUCAUCCUACAGCAUACUGGUCGGCCGUCCUACACUGAACAGGUUGGGAGCGGUCGUCUCCACACCCCACUUGAAGCUGAAGUAUCCUUUGCCCAACGGAAAGGUCGGGGUCCUCUGUGUCGAUCAAUAA